AAAGGCAUCAGUCUAAGAAGGAUAGCUGGUAAACUUCAGACCAGCAGGAGCGGUCUCAGGGAGCACGCCAGACCCUUUCUUUGUGCAUUCCCCUUCAGUAGCCGGAGAAGGAUCUUGCAGAGCGCCUACCAGUUGCGGAGCAAUUCAGGACUUAGGAGAGCUCCCAGUGCAGCUUGCGCUCCAGCGACUGCCCGUUCCCAAGGAGAGAAGAGCCUUCCUCUUUUGCUUUGUAAGUCCAGAGAUGGAACACAGAAGUGGUUCCCAGAUUCUCCUUUCCCUUAUACUUCUUUGUGUCCUCUGCUCGCAAGUUCUUGCUUUACCUCCUUUGGGAUCAUACUCAGCUAUGAGAUUAGGAAACAGAAUGCCAUUUGAUGGAGCAAGUGAAUCAGAUCAAGCUCUGGGCUCAUUAAAACCGGAGGCUGACAUUUUGCAAACUACUCUACCAGAUAAUGACAAAUUCUAUUUUGAUGUCUCCAGAGCUAUGGACAGAAACACAAGACAUGCCGAUGGACUGUUCACAAGUGGCUACAGCAAACUUUUGGGUCAACUGUCUGCAAGAAAAUACCUGGAAUCACUUAUUGGAAAAAGAGUUGGAAAUAACACUCCCCUUGAAGAACAGAUGCCCGUCAAGCGCCACUCAGAUGCUGUCUUCACUGACAACUAUAGCCGCUUUCGAAAGCAAAUGGCUGCAAAGAAAUAUUUGAACUCUGUUUUAGCUGGGAAAAGAAGUCAAGAAGGACUAAACUCUGCCAACCUUCAGGAUGAAACAGAAUUCCUUGAACCUGCUUUCUCGGAAACCUAUGAUGAUGUCACUGUAGAUGAUCUGCUGAACCACCUCCCAUUGAACCUCUGAAGACACUUCAGUUCAAAAUUUCUCCACAAAAAUAAAGACAAGAUCAAACUAUUUUUGAGUUCCUCAUAGUAUUUCAAAGAAAUGAUUUCAUUAUUUAAACCAACACAGAUAUAUUGUGAAGUGAAAUUUGUGAUAUUUUUGUUUCUAAUUUAAUAAAAGUGGAUGUUUACACUGUAAAUAUUACUUUAGAGUGAUCUACCUAAAGCUGUACAUAUGUAUGCUAGUUCAACUCAUACAAAUCUUGUGAUCUCUUAUGCUGUAAAUCUGUUAUUUUGAUAACUGCAUUUCAAAGAAAGGUGAACACUACACACAAUAGUGAAGUGCAUUAAAUUGCAGCUUAUGUCUGCUUACACAAAAUCAAUGACUGCAAAAGGAACUGUCCCUUACUUAAACCACCAUUUUAACUCACUAUUUGGGUAGUAAAGGAGUUAGUAAAAACUGAGUUCUCAUCCUUGUAGUAUAUACAUACAAAUAAACUUUAAAUAUUACCAGUGUUAUUUGACCAUGGACAGCACCCCCCCCCCCAAUAAGUGGGUUCUAGAUCAAAUCAAGUGAAUUUUCCCAAGAAGCUAAAAUGACUAAAUUGAGGCUAGCGUUCUUUAGUCAUAUCAUGAGAAGACAGCACUCACUGGAAAAGACUGUAAUCCUAGGAAACGUUGAAAGCAAUAGAAGUCUCCACAUGAGGUUGCUUGACACAAUAAAGGAAGUCCCACCCUUCAGUAUGCAAGACCUGAGCAAGGAUGUUAAUAAUAGGAUGUUUUGGAGGUUAUUAAUUCAUAGGGUCAUUGUAAGUCAAAAGUAACUUGACACACAACACACACAUAUCAUAAUUGUAGCCACAUUUUGCCUGAAGUGAUAUUCCAGAAGAAUUUCAAGGAUCCUUCUAAGACAAAAUAUUUGUAGAAAUUUCUAGGGAUUACAUAAAAAAAUUAAAUAAGAUUUUCAAAAUUUGUCAGGUGGUUCUCAUACAUUUCUGCUGAAUGUUUCCUAAAGCAAAAUUCACAGUGGAUUUGAAGGGCCUUGCUUAGGGAAAACGUCUUUAAUAAUUUUCUGAAAACUUCAAAGAAUUUCAUUGAGACUGAAAAUUCAUAAGGGGGUUGUACACACAUGUAGUGAACAACAAAUCAAUAAUGACAGUUUUACAGUGACAUGUCACAUCCUAAACAGUCAUACAUUUCUAAGUCAAUUGAAGUUAAUGAGUUUAGAAGGAUGCAAUUUUGUUUAGGAUGACGCUGUUAAUCAAUUUAUUGAUCGGGUGUGAUUUAACAUGUAUGCCCCACAACUGUCCGUUUUAUUUUAAUAACACUGACACAUCAGAAGAGUCGAUGUGUUAAUCCCUUUUCAGAGCACUUCAUAUGUGUAUUUAAUAGGAACUAAUUCCAUACAAGUUACAUAAAUUUUUAUGAAAGACAUUAACUAAAGUAAAAGGGAAUGGCAUUGGAUGGAUUUUUCAUAAAGCCUUUUACUGUAAAAUUGGAACUCAUAAUCUAUCAAGUAAGCUAUAGUCAGAUAUGUAUGUAUCUUUUCCAUGUAAUGAAAUACCACAGGGACUUUGUUUAAUCCAUGGUUGGCAAAGCAUAUUAGAAGAUUAAUUCUAUCCCUUAAUUUGUUUUAUGUGCUAAAAUAAUUGAUGCUAGAAUUAUUCUACUUUGAACUCUGUAUACCUUUACUGAUGAAAGUAUUCCUAGUAUAUAUAAAAAAGUAGAACUGGAGACACUUUACUAUUUUUUCAAAAUGAAUGUAACCAAUGA